AUGGUGCUCUCGUUGUCGGUCCCCGGCUUCUCCAAAUCCUCCACUUCUCCCCCACGCCCCGCCGAUGGCACCGCGCCCGCACCACGCCGUCAUCGCGGCUCGGCUUCCGGCUCUUCAACCAGUCGAAACACCUGGAAACCAGCUGUUCUGGGUGGUGGUACUUCAACAUCGAAUAACCAAUCUAUUACGCUGAGCGAAGCUCUACGCAACAACCCCUUCGGUAGCCCUUCGCGCUCAUCCCGCCCGGUCCAGACACCUAUCGAUGAAACAAAGGAACGGAGGCAAGAACGUGAUGAUCUGAACUUGGCCCUUGAAGCUCUUGCUCGUAUCUUUCCCGAUGUGAAGAUCGAGGUGUUCAGGGAACUGCUUGUACGCUUUGACGGAGAUAGCAGGCUACACGUCUGCGUGGAGCAGUUGCUCCGUCACAAGAAGGAAUGGGUUUCAGGAAGGUGGAAUAUACCCGAGGGGAAUGAUGGUGCGGAUGAGGACGGCUCAGAUGAUUCUGCUGGACCUCAAGCUGGCUGUAUUCAUAAUCCUUUACCAGACGGUGGUCUCGUGCCUCCAGAAGAACGAUUCCGGUCGGAUGAGUACAAGGCUGCUGUGCGGGCGACACUGGCUAAAGAAUUUGGUAGUCUGAGCAAGAGCACCGUGGAAGGUGUUCUGGCUGAGGUGAACUUUAGCUAUCUACGUGCGCGCCCAAUAUUACGAGAUCUCUCACGGCGAACCUGGCGGGCUACAUUCAAUAGUAUCCUGCCAUCUUUUCGAAAGAAGAAAGAUCGAGAAGAGCAUCCGCUUAUGGUGUGGCAACGCCGCAGUGAUGGAGAAAUCGUGCCAAAACUCAAAGUCACUGGCUCCGCUGAGCUGGACGAGGAAUUAGACGCGAUACUUGUCCUUCCGCUUCGGCAACAGAAGCGCGAGGAACAAGAAAGUACAGACUUUCAAUUUGCCUUGGAUAUCAAUGAGAAAGAAGCCAAAGCGGCCGAUGCCAUAUAUGAGUGUGAGUGCUGCUUAGCUGAUGUGACUUUUGAACAAAUUGCGACUUGCUCGGAUAAUGUUCAUAUAAUAUGCUAUCAUUGUAUCCAGCGGACUACCUCUGAAGCCCUUUUUGGCCAAGGCUGGGGCAAAUCUGUGGAUUUGGAACAUUCAACCCUGAAAUGCAUUGCACCACUAUCUGUUGGUGCUUGUGAGGGAUGUCUUCACCCGCAAAUUGUGCGCCAGGCAAUUCUACUCGAUACAGCUGGUGCUGAGACGUACCGCAAAUUCGAAGAUCGACUAGCCUCCGAAACACUGCUGAAAUCGCAACUGAAGUUGAUUCGGUGCCCCUUCUGCAAUUAUGCUGAAGCCGAUCCUGUCUAUCAUCCUUCAUCUCGGGGAAUCGGCUGGCGAAUUCGUCGUGAUGGAGGCGUUCCCCACACUAUUUUUAUGACCCUUCUUCUCCUUGAUCUAGUUCCUGUACUUGUGAUACCCUUCUUGAUUCUCUUAUUGCUCAACCCUUCUGCUGUAGCGGAAAUAUUCAACAACUCAAUCCGCAAUCUCUGUCUCAAGAUUCGACCAAAAAGAUUUAAAUGCUCUAACUCCGCCUGCGCACGGGUAAGCUGCAUGACCUGCCAAAAAGCAUGGCGAGAUCCUCAUGUCUGUCAUGAGCCAUUACUACUAGACCUACGAGCAACCGUGGAAGCUGCUCGCACAGCGGCAGUGAAACGGACCUGUCCUCGCUGUGGUCUGUCAUUCGUCAAGUCUUCUGGCUGCAACAAGCUUACCUGUGUCUGCGGAUACUCAAUGUGUUACCUCUGUCGCAAAGCCCUUGGCACCCCGAUCCGAACCGAAGAUCGGCACGGUGCCCGACGAAGACGAGGACUCGAUUUAGAAGCCUACGAUGGUCUCGCCGGUGAUGUUGACGGCGCAGCCGAAGAAGAAAUGUUCGAAGAUGAUGAAUUCGAAGAACCAGAAGGCUAUAAACACUUCUGUGAACACUUCCGUAUUAACCCAGGCUCUCGCUGUAGUGAAUGCACAAAAUGUGAUCUCUAUCAAGCUGAAGACGAGGAAGUAGUUGCACGUCGUGCUGGAGAGAAAGCAGAGCGCGAAUGGCUUAUCCGACAGGGAAAUGAUUCCACUGUCAAUGCUUCGGCUUCGGCUUUGGGUCUUCGAAAUGUCAAUCAAGAUCUUUCGGCUGGCACGGAAGGCUCAUCUGCUGCCCGCAACACUUCUACCUCAUUAUGGGACCUCCAGCUUAGUUCUGGUAAGCCCUGGGCUUACUGGUUUGGUGAUGUUUGGGUGGAUGGGAGGUGGAAAUUAGAAGGCCAGGCUUUAGUAGACUGGGUCGUGGAACGAAUCAUUGUGAUCGAGGAUCCUUGA